CCUUCUGCUUGUGCCCCAGGAUUCCUCUACUUGGAUCUCCUCCCUCAGACCGAACAAUUUUAGGUUCAGACUUUUAAUAAAGCCUUUUAUCGUCUUUGUGUCCGGCUGUUUUCACGGGUCCUCUGCAAAAGCCAUUACAGAUGUUGUAGUGAAGAAAAGGAAAAGGAGUCACCCUGCACCACCCAGAAGACACCAUGAAAGCUGUUGCAGCAUUGCUGCUCCUGCUGAGCUACUUGUCUAACUGUCAUGGAUGGACCUGCACAGCCCCCCCACAGCAGCCUUCUGCUGCACAGAUUGAUGCUGGACAAGGACAAGUGGUGAUGACAGACAGCUCAUUAAAUGUGUUCUUCCUGACUGGAUCAGCUUGGUCCAAACUGGGCUCUGUUGCUUUCAAACACGUCUCAGUCGGACCUGCAGGAAUCUGGGGAGUCGACUCCUCAAACAAGAUCUACAAGUUUGUAGAUGGAGAAUUCAUUCCUAUCAGCGGUCUGGAUUUACAGCAGGUGGAUGCUGGAGGUAGUGGUCAGAUAGUGGGAGUGACCAGCUCAAACACUAUCCACUGUCUGCAGAGUAACGCUGCUUCAGCCUAUCAGCACCUUGAUUUUGUGAGCUGGCGAUACUUUGAUGGACAGUUGAAGUAUUUCAGCUGUGGUCCAAAAGGAUGCUGGGGAGUAAACUCAGCUGAUAACAUCUAUGUUACAAAAAUUACUCCGAUUUCCUGUGACAAAACUGGUUGGACACAGGUGCAAGGAUCUGCAAAAAUGGUUGAAGUUGGGACUGAUGGGAGCGUCUUUGUAGUUAAUGCAGGUGGCAGUGUCUACCAACGACUUGGCAUCACUGAUGAUGCUCCACAAGGCACAGACUGGGUUCAGAUCCCAUUUUCAUUGCCCGUCAAACAUGUCAGCUAUGACCUGGGACGUCUGUGGGUUGUGAUGGAGAUUGGUUUGAUCCUGGAGUGCCAGCAAUAACGUGUUGCUGUCUUUGUGGUGGCCUGAUGAAAUCACCCAGAUUCUUCUUGGAUAGCUUGAAAUCUUACCUGAAAUCAGCAUUCUUUAUUUGAGCUUUAGUCAAUAAUCAGGGCGGUGAAACAAAUGAUUGUUUUGAAUGAUUCUGCAAAAUUAUGUUAAAGGUUGACAUUAGCAAAACUUUAGAUCACUGUUGAAAUGUGACCUAAAAAUCAUGUUGCUAUGAUGAUAACAUGUAUCCUAACUAAAUCAAGGUCAUUACUGACUAUUAGCUAAUACUUUUAAAAUGAAAAAGAAAAAGAAAAACUUUGUUGAACUGAAAUAAAAUUUUAAAAACUGGUAAAAGUGACAUUUUCUAACAGGACUCAAUUGUUCCAUUUGAUCUUUUUGGUUUGUCCUACCUGUUUUAUUCAUCCCUACAAAUUCUACUUGAAAUUCUAAUUUUACUUUCAUUGUUUGACUUUGAUCAAAACUUAAAAACCUGUUUUGUAAGAACUUUGAAUGAACAAUAUGUACAAAAACGAAACCCAGCUAACCAAUUCUGAUUUUGAACAAUGUAUUUUUCAUUUCGCAUAUUAAAAUGUAGGUAAAGAACACUAUUUGCACGACCUUUGAUGUAUCAGCAAAAGCUGAAACUGACACAGUUGGACACUUAUAACAGAUGAGUGAAAAUGAGUCCCUCCUCUAAUCUGCCCUUAAAACCCCAUCCCUCUGAAAGUUUGAUUUGAGAAAUAAAAUGUAAUACUUUCAUA